AAAUAUUUGUUUUAUUUAUUUGUACCUACUAGGCAAAAGAACUUCUUAGACAUAUAGGUAAACUCAGCAUUUUCCAUGCAGUUUCUAAGACAUAGAUAGUCUUAUUGCUAUUCCUUUUUUUUUUUUUUUGUAUCAAUGAUUUGAAAUCCAUGAGCAUCAACAACGGGAAAAUAACAAUCACAUAACCUAAGGGUUUAGUCUACACUUUCGUUUUGUUUUUCUUCUUCUUUUUCGAUCUAAAAGUCAACGUGAACUCUGAUACAUAUGUUAUGUUGAAUUGCUCAAAUAAAUUAGUUUCAUCUUCGUUAGCAAAUCUCUUUUCAUCUUUGAACUACACCACCAAAAAAAUCAAAUUAAACGUGUCAUGAACAAAGCAGUUGUCUACCUUUAGGCAGGGACAAGACUGUAAUACCUGACCAUUUACGGUUAAUGGGUUUUCCAUAUCCCUUUAUUCGGUUCAUGACAUGAAUUCUGCCCCGUACGGGCACUGCAUUAAUUUUUGAAACUAGAAAGUUUUGUGUAAUGACUUUCCAAUCACUAUAUAAUUUAUUUUCGUGUUUUAACCUCAUUCGUAUGAUAUCGUGAAUCAAUUUCCAAUAGUUCAUUAAUCUUUCUACUACUAUAGCUCAAACACGCUUAACUUUAGAGUUUUUCUGAAAGUGUGGCCGAAAAAUAAGUGCAUUUUGGUGACAUAAGUAACCAAAUCAAUUCUAUUAAAUUUUUCACUAUAUGCCAUUGUUACAAGUCUCUCAUUCUCAAAAAAUGCAAGUCUUUUUUGAAUCCCAAGAUUGUCACACAUGUUAGUGUGACCCAUGUAAGAUUCCACACUCGUUAGGAUUUGGUUCUGAUACCACCUGUAACGCUUUGACUGUCAGAAUCUAAUGGAUCUUAUAUGUCUGCUCACUAGGCCAUGAGCUCCAUUUUGUACAAUGGGUGGUACAUUAAUUUUUUGAAACUCAAAAAUUUUGUUUAUUAACCAUGUAAUCAUCAUAUGAUUUUUUCCAUUGUUUUGGCUUUACUUGCUUGAUAUCGUGAAUUACGUUCUUAUAGAUCAUCCAUCAUUUUAUUACUUUAGCUUGAACAUGUUUAGAAAUUCUUUGUGGAUGUAGGAGAAAUUAUUUGUAGAUGUGUGGCCAGAAAAAUAAGUGUAGUUUAUUGAUAUAGAUAACAAAAUCAAUUUUAUUAAAAAGAAUAUUAUAAUAGAACACAAAUCGAAAGGUUACAAAGGUAAUAAAAGGUUAACAGACCCCAACGGUGUUCCCAGUGAGUGACCUUAACGUUUACGUACAACCUUCUUAGAUACGCUCAUUGACUUCAUACUUUGGCCAGAUGCUUGACCUUGUCGUAUUUUUUACACUGAUAUCAUAAUCAAUAAUUAUAAAAUUGUUUUCGUUUCGACGAAGUUACCUUUACGUAAUUGUUGGCGAAAUUUUCAUUUCUUUUAUAUAAAUGAUAAAAUAACUCACAUUUUUAAUUAUAAUGUGUAUGUUUGUUCGUACGUCGUUGAGUUAAGGAUUUCAGUUUCCUCAUACAUUUCUUGAUAAAAAUGAGGUAGCUCACCAUUGUCACGGUAUAGUGACUAGGUCACUUUCGUCAUCGAUCAAAAUUUGAAACAGUGGUGAUGUUGGUUGGUUCUCUAAACAAUAGUUUUUUUUUUUUAAAUGACUUAUUCAAGUCAAUAUAUUUAGCUUUUGAAGACUUGCCCAAUCCUAAAUAAACUCCAUUACAAGAUUCAUACACACGUAUAUAUAUACACAUAUUAGCAGGCUGUGUGUGUAUCCUCUAUAUGCUAUCUCUCCUUUAUCUUUAAACAUUUGAUAAGCCCAAAAAAAAAUGGAAACUAAAAUGGUUUCAAACCCUAAAAGACUUCACUUUAUCUUGGUCCCUCUCAUGGCUCAAGGGCAUCUAAUCCCCAUGGUUGAUAUCUCCAAGAUUCUUGCGCGACAAGGCAACAUCGUUACCCUAGUUUUAACCCCUCAAAAUGCUUCAAGAGUUGCGAAGACAAUAGAACGUGCGAGAUCAGACUCAGGUCUCCAAAUCAACCUGGUGACAUUCCCAAUUGCCUACAAAGAAUUUGGUCUUCCUGAAAAUUGUGAGACUCUCGACACUUUGCCCUCCAAAGACCUCUUACGCAAAUUCUUUGACGCUGUGGAAGAACUCCAGGAGCCCUUAGAAAGGUUUCUUGAGGAACAAGAAACCCCUCCAAGUUGCAUAAUCUCCGACAAAUGCCUUUUUUGGACGUCCAAAACCGCGAAAAAGUUCAAGAUCCCGUGGGUUUCGUUCCACGGAAUGUGUUGUUUCAAUCUUUUAAGCUCCCACAACCUCCAUCUUCAUAGCCCGCACCUAUCCGUUUCUUCAGACUCAGAGCCUUUUACAAUACCAGCAAUGCCACAUAGGGUCCAGAUAGCUAGAUCUCAGUUAUCUGGUGCGUUCAGGAAACAAGCAAAUAGGGAUGACGUUCGCCGCGAGAAGAUGCGUGAAUCUGAAGCAGAAGCCUUUGGAGUUAUUGUUAAUAGCUUCCAAGAAUUGGAACCUGGCUAUGGAGAGGCCUACGCUGAGGCCAUCAAGAAGAAGGUAUGGUUCGUUGGACCCGUUUCUUUAUGCAAUGAUCGUAUGGUGGACUUAUUCGAUAGAGGCAACAACAGUAACAUGGCGAUUAGUGAGACCGCAUGCUUGAAGUUUCUGGAUUCCAUGAAACCGAAGUCUGUCUUGUAUGUUUGUCUAGGUAGCCUCUGUAGACUAAUACCUAAUCAAUUGAUAGAACUGGGGUUAGGGUUAGCAGAGUCUGGAAAGCCCUUUAUUUGGGUGAUCAAGACCGAGGAAAAACACAUGACUGCGCUAAAUGAAUGGCUAAAACUUGAAAUGUUCGAAGAGAGAGUUAAAGGUAGAGGGAUAGUGAUAAAGGGUUGGAGUCCUCAGGCUAUGAUACUCUCACAUGGCUCUACCGGAGGGUUCUUGACUCAUUGCGGUUGGAACUCGGCGAGCGAAGGGGUAUCUUUUGGUGUACCAAUGAUCACAUGGCCGAUGUUUGCUGAACAGUUUCUCAAUGAGAAACUGGUAGUGGAGGUGUUGAAGGUUGGGGUUAGGGUUGGUGUGGAGAUUCCUGUGAGAUGGGGAGACGAGGAAAGAGUUGGAGUGUCGGUCAAGAAACAUAGUGUUGUGAAAGCUAUAAAGCUUUUGAUGGAUGACGAUGGAAAUGAAGAUGGUGAAUUCUUGGGACGAAGGAAACGCAUUCAAGAACUUUCAGUAAUGGCGAGAGAGGCUGUGGAAUUGAAAGGAUCUUCGAGUACUAACGUUUCAUUGUUUAUCCAAGAUGUCCUGGAGAAAGUGAGUCUAGAAUAGAAUAUUCUAAGGUACUAUAUGCUAAUGUAAAAGAAUAAGUUAAACUUGUUUAAAACAAGUUAGUAUCAUGAAAAUGCUAUUUUAUUAAUGAUAUGAUUAUUGUGAAGCUUUUAAAGAUGUAAGUUGGCAUACAUAAUGAUGAAAAUGUAUUCAUUAGAGAUAAGAUGUCUAUGAUAAUUUCAAAGCUUCUAGAAAUGUAAGAAGCAUACAUAUUAAUGAAAAUUUAUUCACUAGACAUUAUCAUGUACAUAUUGAUGAAAAUGUAUAUGAUAAUUUUGAAGUUUUUUGAAAUGUAAAAAGAUUAAUGCUUUACAUUACUGUUGGACCCAAUUUUGAUCAAGACCGAAAUGGACUCCGAUCAGAGACAUGGGCCGACACACGCCGAGACCCACAACUAGAAUCGAGCUUGAAGAAGGAGUCACAUAGGUCGCAAUGAUCGUGCAACAAGAAGCUGAGAUCGCGGAGCUGGCACGGAGAUCUUGGAGUCGGCUCGCUAUAAAGAAAGGAGAAGAAACAAGGAGGAUGACACGUUGAAAACCUUAGAGAGAGCCUUACAUUCAUAUCAAUCUUAUUGUCUUCCCACUUUUAGAUUCCUUCUUGAUCGAACUUAUGUGUUUCAUUCGAUCUAGUUCGACUCAUUGUAUUCGAUACCAAUUAUCAAUAAAGUCUAUUUUCACCUACUGGAAACUAUUUAACAUCGUUGUGUUCUAAAGAUAUCGUUGCCCACAUCAUUUAUCUUCCUUAGAUCAACCCCGAUCACUAUCAAAUACUUUAUGUGGAAUUUAGGUUCUACAAUUACUUUUGAAACUCUAGGAUGGUGUAGAUGUUAGGCCCGAGACGGAUCCGGAUAUCCGAGAAAUUUAGGAUACCCGGAUCCGUCGGAUUUGUGGAUUUAAUAUUCGAAUCCGGAUUCGUGGUUUCUGGAUAUCUAGAUUCAGAUAUCCGUCUCUAUAUUCUAUUAUCCGCGGAUAUCCGGAUCCGGAUCCGUAAAAAUAUUUUUUUUUUUGUAAAAAUACUAAAAUUUAAAAAAUAAUACAUAAAUUAAAUAUUUAUACAAUAUUUAUAAAUAUAAAUAUAUAUAUAUAUGUCUAUAAUAUUGUAAAAACUAAAAUAUAAUAUUAUAAAAUUAAUAUAUGUAUAAAUAUUAUUAUAUAAAAUUUAAAAUUUUAAUGUGUUUUAAAAAUACGGAUCCGGAUAUCUGGACCUAAAAAUCAAGAUAUCCGAAUCCGAAUUCGGUUUGGAUGGAUCCAAGAUUUGACACCCUGGAUAUCCUUUUCGGAACGGAUCCGAAGCAGAUCUCGGAUCAAAUCCGGAUCUCGGAUAAUAAAUCCCAGGUUUAGUAUAAGUAACCAAUGUAGAAAGGUCGAAAAGAAGAAAAUCCAGCAGAGAGACCAAAGCUCUUUAAACUCUUCUUCAGUUCUAUGCUAGCUUAUCUUUGGUCCUAUAGUUUGUCAUAACGAAGAUGUCGCCUUCUAGCAAGGCAUGGGUUCACACUAAAUGCUCCACAGAUUUAAAACCACUAUAGCCGUCCAAUAUAGCUUUUAUGAACGGCACCGAUACCAAGCUCGCAUUAAUGCCUCCUGAUGGUGUUGGAGGACGUAAGCGGCGUAGGACGGUAGGAGAGACCAUUUGAGUCGGUAACAAGCGUUCUUCCGACGUCGGUUAGAGAGUAUUUCCUCUCUACGGAUCCAGUGGCGGCGUCGUUGAGGUGUUCGGAGAAGACGCCGUAGCUUGUGAGCAUACGAAGUAUACGCUGGAGAUUCUCGGGAUGGGAGAAGGAGGCGAGGGAGGAUCUCGGAGGCGGAGAGAGGAGAGUUGGCUCCGGAGUUCCAGAUAGCGUCGGCGAUGCCUAGUCUGACGGCGGCGUUAAGUGACAUUGGAACGCUUAUCAUAGAUAGGGAAAGUCAGCGAGGAAGAAAAAGGGAAGCUGUGAUCAAAACAAAACAAUCUGCGCUUCACGGGUUUCUGCUUGACUUGUGUGUGUUAAUCUUGAUUUGUAAUAAACAGCUUUUGUCUUUAACCGGGUAAAAAUGUAAGGCUGUUACUAAUUUCAUUGGCGUCAGAGUGUGAUUUCAUGAAUGAAAUAUGAUAUAUUCAGUCAAAUACAUGUUGAAUGUCAAUAUAUUUGGAUUCGUAAAAGUACACAUACAAGAAGAUAUCACAACUGCACAUAUGAAAUUGUUGAGAGCUCACACUAGUAAACAGCUUGAAGUGGUUCUGACUUGAGCUCUCUCACUAGCACAGUGGCGAGUUUUAAUUAUCACAUUUCCCCUUUCGCUCAAAAUCAAAUUG